GCGCUGCAGCGCAGGGAGCGCCGCUGGUGGCCCUUAAGGCUGCUUUCCGGCUGCGCAUCUAACGGGAUCGAGAGGCAGCGGACUGAGACUUGCCUGCCUCCUUGAUCUGCUAUGAGCGGGGUGUGGUUAGUUCUGGACAGGACUUAGCAGUGCUGUGAAUGGAGCCUCACAAAGUGAUCUCUGCCUUUUGAUUCCUUCUGGGAGUAUGCAUUGAUGUUUGACUUCCGCGGAAGUGACUUGUCAUUUAACUGAGUGCUGAUUUUUUAAAAAGGUUACACAAACACACACAAAAUGUCUACAGAAGUUCCAAGACAAGGAGGAACAUGGCGACAAACUCGAGUUCUUUUAUAUAAGAACUGCCUAAUUAAAUGGCGGACGAAAAGGACAAGUAUUCAGGAAAUCCUCAUCCCUCUUUCCUUACUUGGUUUGCUCAUUAUCAUAAGCAUGAUCCAGCCAAACAAAAGACAUGACAGGAUGCCAGAUGCAGUUCUUUAUUCAACAAAUCGCACAAGUGUUUCUGAGUUUAAUGUAGGCUACACACCCAUAACUAAUGUGACAAGAAAGAUCAUGCACAAAAUGCGUUCAGAAUACUGCCCAGAAGGAAAAAAGGUGCAAGAAUUUCUAACUGAACAAGAAAUGAAAGAAGCCAGCCUUCAUAGUUUAGAAAACUUUAUAGGUGUGAUUUUUAAGGAUUCUAUGUCCUACCAUCUCAGAGUUCCUCGACAAAUGAUUCCAGAAUCUUCAAGCCAUUUAGAAUCAAAAACUAGUUGUUCGAAGUUUUCUGAAAUGUGUGAAGCUGAAGUAUACUGGAACCAUGGAUUUACAGCACUACAGAUCUGCAUUGAUGCAGCAAUUAUAGAAUUUAAGACCAAUCGUUCCAUUCUGAAAGACCUGGCGGAAACAGAAGUUGUCAUAAUGGGGAAAUCUGCUGCAGUGGAAAUCGAUUAUUUUUUUCGUGGAGUCGUUCUGAUUUAUUUAGUGAUUGCUUUUUCGCCAUUUGGAUAUUAUUUGACAAUCCAUAUUAUGACAGAAAAAGAGAAGAAACUGAAAGAAUUUUUAAUAGUGAUGGGACUUCAAGACACGGCAUUUUGGCUGUCUUGGGUCUUGCUAUACUCCAGUCUGAUAUUUGUUAUGUCCUUUCUCAUGUCGAUCAUUGCAACAUUCUCUUCACUCUUUCCUCAAAGUAGCAGCUUUGUGAUAUUUCUUCUUUUUUUCCUAUAUGGAAUAUCCUCCAUUUCCUUUGCAUUUAUGUUAACAUCACUUUUUAAGAAAUCCUCAAAUGCUGGCUCAGCGCAGUAUUUCACGACUGUGGCUUUUGGUGCUAUAGGUGUGACUAUUGUCCUGCUGCAAGACUUCCCAAAAUCCUUUGUGUGGUCAUUAAGUCCACUUUGUGAGUGCACAUUUUUAGUUGGUGUUGCACAGGUUAUACAUCUGGAAGAUUAUGAACAAGGAGCUGUUUUCUCACAUUUAACCCAUGGUCCUUAUCCACUAAUUAUUACUCUUACGCUAUUGGCUCUUGAUAGCAUGCUGUAUCUACUCCUAGGGAUUUACUUUGAUCAGGUGAUUCCAGGGGCAUAUGGAUUGCGACGGAGUUUUUUCUUCUUUUUAAAGCCCUCAUUUUGGAUUAAAAAAACAAGAAAUUAUGAAGAAUUGUAUGAGAGCUGUAGUAAUGAAAACCUAGAUUUCAAUCAGGUCAUUGAACCAAUACCUUCUGAAUUUAGGGGAAAAGAAGCUAUCAGGAUCAGCCAUAUUGGGAAAUCCUUUGUUAAAAAGGAUGAAAUUGUGGAAGCUUUGAAAAAUUUAUCCUUUGACAUAUAUGAAGGACAGAUCACAGCACUGCUAGGACACAGUGGAACAGGCAAAACAACUUUGAUGAAUAUUCUUUGUGGAUUGUGUCCACCAUCUGAUGGCUUUGCGUCAAUAUAUGGAUAUCAAGUUUCUGAAAUAGAUGAAAUGCUAGAUGUAAGAAAGAUAAUGGGAGUUUGCCAACAGAUAGAUAUUUUUUUUGAUGUAUUAACUGUGGAAGAGAAUUUAUCAAUUAUUGCCUCUGUUAAAGGCAUACCUCCCAACGAUUUAAUACAAGAGGUUCAGAACGUUUUAUUAGACUUGGAUAUGCAGUUCUUUAAAGAUAAUCAAGCAAAAACCUUGAGUGGAGGCCAGAAAAGGAAGCUAUCAGUUGGAUUUGCAGUUCUUGGAGAUCCAAAGGUAUUGCUGUUAGAUGAGCCAACAACUGGUAUGGACCCAUGCUCGCGGCAAACCGUUUGGAACCUCUUGAAAAAUAGAAAAGCCAAUUCUGUGACAGUAUUCAGUACCCAUUUCAUGGACGAAGCAGACGUUGUUGCAGAUCGGAAAGCUGUGAUUUCCCGCGGAAUGCUGAAAUGUCUUGGCUCCUCUCUCUUCCUUAAGACAAAAUGGGGAAUUGGCUAUCGUUUGAGUAUGCAGAUAGACAGGUACUGUAACACAGAAGGUACAGCGUUCUUGAUCAGGCAGCAUAUCCCUGGAGCCAGUCUGUUGAAAGAGACUGAAGAGCAACUCGUCUAUGCCUUACCAUAUAAAGAUACAGACAGAUUUUCAGCACUCUUUGCUGAUCUAGAUACUCAUUCCCAUUUGGGUGUUAUUUCUUAUGGCCUUUCUACCUCAACUUUAGAAGAUGUGUUCUUCAAACUGGAAGUUGAAGCAGAAACUGACCAACGGGAUUUUGGUGUUUUUAACUUAGAGCAAGCUGAAGACAAAAUGAAUAGGAAUUCUGUUGAUGAUCUAGAGCAAAGUCUGUUAAUGCUAUCUAGGAGAAAAUCUUGUGCGAUAAGCAAUAAAUCUCUUUGGAGAAAGCAGGCCCUUGUUAUUGCAAAGGUUCAUUUUCACAGUUUUAAUCGUGACAUUAAAUCAAUAUCAGAAGUGUUAGCACUGUUCCUAGUAUUUCUUUGUGUUGAGAUUUUUAUGUUUCACGUGUAUCAAGAAUACUUGAAAAAUGCUGUGGCUCCUAUCAAACUCUCUCCAGAUUUAUACUUUCUUAAACCAAAUGAGACUUAUCAUAAAUACAAAACCAGCCUUCUUAUUCAAAACUACACUAGUAUAAACAUUGAUGACAUGAUCGUAAACCCACUUCAGAGCCAGAAUAUACUGACAGAAAUGUUCAAUGGCAGUGAUUACGUAUCAAUUUCUCCUCACAAUGCAGCAUUAAAUGUAGUUCAUGUAAACAAGAGCUAUGUCCUUAAAGCUGCUUUUAACCGAACCAUGCUACAUUCUUUACCUCUUAUGAUGAAUAUCAUUAGCAAUUUGUACCUACACAACUUAAAUGUAACUGAAAACAUCCAUGUCUGGAUUAGCUCUUUCAUUCAAGAAAUUACUGAUAGAAGUUUCAUAAUGGUGAUGAUUGUUCAAUGUUUGACAGUAGGUGUUACCAUGACUGGAUUGCCUUCAUAUUUUACUAUGGAGAAUGCAGAAAAUCAUAGGAUUAAAGCUUAUACUCAGCUUAAGUUGUCUGGCCUUUAUCCAUCUGCUUAUUGGUGUGGACAAGCAUUAGUCGACAUUCCUUUAUAUUACACUAUUAUUCUUGUCAUGACGGGGAUCUUAUUUGGUGUUUAUCAUGAAAUCAUUUUUUCCCCAAUGAAGAUUUUUGCUGUAGCUUUUUGCAUUAUAGGCUAUGUACCUUCAGUAAUUCUGUUCCAUUAUGUUGUCUCUUUCACUUUUAAAAGUAUACAAAACACCAAAGAAUUUUGGUCAUUCAUUUUUCCAACUGUAGCUUUGAUCUGUAUUAUUGUUACGGAUGUUGCAUUUAUAAAAUGGUAUACAGCAGCCAUUAUAAUUCACAUGUCCUUUUGUAUCUUCAUUCCAAUCUACCCUCUUAUUGGCUGCCUGAUUACUUUAUUAGAGGAGACAAAGAAGAUUGGCCAAGAAGUGGAAAGAAGUUCAGAAAGAUUAUUGGUUUCAAUAGUAGCGCCUUAUUUGCAAUGUAUAAUCUGGCUUUUUCUUCUGCGACAUCUUGAGGUGAAGCAUGGAGGCAAAUCAAUGAGAGCAGACCCUUUCUUCAGAUCCUCUACGCGGCUCAAAGCCUGUAAAUUCUUAGAUGUAUCACAUGAAGACGAUGGCGAUGAAGAUGUUAUGGCUGAAAAGCUGAAAGUUAAAGAGAUGAUAACUUGCCAGGACUGUGAAGAGAAACCUGCAGUAUUGGUCAUCAGCUUACAUAAAGAAUAUGAUGGAAAGACUGAUUUCCUUCUUGGAAGAAAAAUGAAAAAAAUGGCAACGAACUAUCUUUCACUUUGUGUUAAGAAAGGAGAGGUUCUUGGAAUUUUAGGCCCCAAUGGAGCUGGGAAAAGUACAUUGAUUAAUAUUAUAGCAGGAGAAGUUGAACCAACUUCAGGCCAAGUGCUGAUGGGAGAUUAUUGUUUAGGUGAAAAUAUCGUGGAUAAUUCCAUGAAAUACAUGGGGUACUGUCCACAGACAAACCCACUUUGGCCUAAUAUUACAUUACAAGAACAUUUUGAAAUUUAUGGAGCAAUCAAAGGAAUGAGUCCUAGUGACAGGAUCGAAGUCAUAAAAUGUUUUUCCAAAGCACUUGACCUUAAGGAACAUCUACAAAAGAGAGUCAAAAAACUUGGUGCAGGAGUCAAACGAAAGUUAUGCUUUGCGUUAAGUAUGUUUGGUAAUCCCCAUAUCACUCUAUUAGAUGAGCCAUCCACUGGUAUGGACCCUAUAGCCAUACAGCACAUGUGGAAAGCAAUCCGAGCAGCCUUUAAAAGUAAAGAGAGAGCGGCUAUUCUGGCAACACAUUAUAUGGCAGAAGCAGAGGCAAUUUGUGAUCGUGUGGCUGUCUUGGUAUCUGGAAAGUUAAGGUACAUUGGAACAGUUCAACAUCUCAAGACUAAAUUUGGCAGGGGAUAUUUUUUAGAAAUGAAAUUAAAAGAAACACCAGAAUCACAGCAGAAGGAAUACCUUCAAAGGAAGAUUUUGAGCAUUUUUCCAAAUGCAAAUUGUCUGAAAAGUUUUGCUUCAAUUUUGGCAUAUAAAAUUCCAAAAGAAGAUGUCCAGUCACUAGCAUUGGUUUUUUCUAAACUGGAAGAAGCAAAACAUACCUUUAAUGUUGAAGAAUACAGCUUUUCUCAAGCAACACUUGACCAGGUAUUUGUGGAACUUAUCAAAGAACAAGAGGAAGAAGACAGCAAUUUUGCUACAUUAAAUGGAACAAUUAGUUGGGAAAGAUCCCAGGAAGAUCGAGUAAUUUUCUGAUUUGUUGCACACUGAAGAAUUUGGCUAUUUCAUUUUUAAGGCACUUUUUGCCUUGAAAAUUGUUGCUUUUUUAAAAAUAUGCACUGAGUACUAUAACAUACUCUUACACAGCUGAAAGAAUUCACCUUCUUUGCCUUACUAUGCUAUAGAUAGGAUGAAAUGGCUUUAUUUUUUUAAUAAUCUUAUUAGGGUGCAACCUGAAAUCAAGGGGCAAUAGAAUUGGCUAUAUCUUUUUCUAAGUCUGCAGCAAGCAUGGCUUUUUGCAUAUCAGAUAAUGUAGCCAAUGAAUCAGAUUCUGCAUUAAUCUAGUAUUUAUUUUUAUGAAAAAGAUUCCAGUCAUGUGUUCCUUUAUAUUUUAUUUUACAAUGGGGGUAGAAAGAAAUCAAUGUACAAUGAAAUUUAUAAAAAUAAUAUUCUCCUCUGCAUGCUUGGGAGAACUCAAAAAUUAUAGGUGGAGGUACUCGAGGCUGCAGGAGGAAGGUAAGAUUAGCAAAAAUUAAUAAUCUCCACCUUCCUCAGGUAGUUCUCAGUUAAGAGAUGAGCCUCCACUGUAUUUUGCUCAAUUCCAUGAGCUGAGUUUGUAGGGCAGUGGAUUUACCCCAUUAUUUAUCUAUAUUUAUGAAAUUUUUUAUAUGCAGUGCAUUUUAUGAAAUUUUAUUUUAAGAAUCGCUUUGUAUACCAAAGUACCUUUUUUCCUUGUUGUUAAUGUUGCCAAUCAAUGUACAAUAAUCAUUAUAUAAUCAAUAGUAUCAUUUUUCAGAAGAUACUGCUAAAGCAUUGUCUGUAUGUUUGCCGGUUCCCGGAACCUUUUGACAAUUUUCAUUUGAACAUACUGUAUAUAAUCCUAAAAAAAGCAGUUUGCCUUAAGGACUUAGCUUUUAAAUAGUUGUUAUUUAGGUGACUUGCAGCUCAGGUAUAUCGUAUAAUAAACAAAAAAAUGCUGCCUCCCAUUAACUAUUAUUUAUUCUGUGAUGAAGAUGUCAUACCAAAUAAAGAUCAUUUUUGAAAUG